AUGGUGGAGAGUAUGGUCGGGAAAGAAAGCACAAACUUUUAUUUGGGCGAUUUGUGCGAGGGCGAUUCUGUGGAUGGCCUAGCCCGCACUCAUUCGUGGCUGGGUGAGGACGAACCAUCUGUGUUCAUCAAGAGAGUAGACUCUGAUUUAAUUAUUUACCAACCAAAGAAAAGGAAAGCUAAAGUGAUUGGGAAAUAUUUAAUGGGUGAUAUGCUAGGGGAAGGAUCUUAUGGAAAAGUGAAAGAACUUUUAGAUAUGGACACGUUGAGAAGACGUGCUGUAAAAAUUAUGAAAAAACGAAGAUUAAGACGGAUACCAAACGGCGAAGAAAAUGUGCAAAGGAAAGUAUAUUUUAAUAACAGUAUAUAAUCCUGAUUAACAGUGAGGUUUACCUUGACGUUGUUGUUGUUAUAAAUAAUGUUAACACAAUUGUCAAAUGAAAACUCACUGUUCCUGAAGUGACGGCCGGGGUUCUUAAUAAAUUAUUUCUUGUCAGUGAGUUUAAAUGCUAAUUCACUUAAUACACCCCCCUGCCUGGGUUUACUCCUGUACGUUGGGCAUAUGCUAGAGUAUGUCAAUGGGUAGGUAUAGGUGUCCGGAUCUGGCACAUCCUAUAAUGCCACCCUACUUUAUUACCCAUUGAGCAACAGCAUUCGCCACUGGUAUAGACAGAGUGAAAUAAUGAAGUAGGGUGCAUUAGGGCAUAUUGCAACUUAAUGGGUUAAGACCAAAGGAAAAUUCAUUUACAGUACCAUAAUGGGUUGUUUGUAUUUAGUAUGGUUUGAUAGUGGAUGAUCAAUUUUUUAAUAAUAGCUAAUUUCUCAAAUUAAUGUUUGAUUUAUGUUGUUUAGGGAGUUGAGGUUACUGAAAAGAUUGAAACAUAA